AACUCAAAAACCUAUUCCAAACUAAGCCCUAGCAAAACCACACAAUGGCGGGAGGCAAAAUCAGGAAAGAGAGGCCGCAGAGAGGAGGCGCCACCCACUUUCAAGGCGGAAUCCCGUUCCACAAGUCGAAAGGCCAGCACAUACUGAAAAACCCUCUAUUGGUCGACUCAAUCGUCCAGAAAUCCGGUAUAAAACACACCGACACAAUCCUCGAAAUCGGUCCAGGUACCGGAAAUCUCACGAAGAAGCUUCUCGAAGCCGGAAAAAGCGUCAUCGCCGUGGAGCUCGACCCUCGCAUGGUGCUGGAGCUGCAGCGCCGCUUCCAAGGAACCCCCUACUCCAGCCGAUUGAAGGUAAUCCAAGGCGACGUCCUCAAAUGCGAUCUCCCUUACUUCGACAUCUGCGUCGCCAAUAUCCCCUACCAAAUCUCGUCGCCGCUCACCUUCAAAUUGCUCGCUCACCGCCCGCUCUUCCGAUGCGCGGUGAUCAUGUUCCAGCGCGAAUUCGCGAUGCGGCUCGUCGCGCAGCCUGGCGACGGCCUCUAUUGCCGCCUCUCCGUGAACACGCAGCUUCUGGCUAGGGUUAAUCACCUCCUCAAGGUCGGGAGGAACAAUUUCCGGCCGCCGCCGAAGGUUGAUUCCUCCGUCGUCAGAAUCGAGCCGAGGAAGCCGCUGCCGCCGGUGAAUUUCAAGGAGUGGGAUGGAUUGGUUCGCAUCUGCUUCAAUCGAAAGAACAAAACCUUGGGGGCGUUAUUCAGGCAGAAGGGGAUUCUGGCGCUUCUUGAGAGGAAUUACAAGACGCUGCAAGCGCUGCAGCUGACGUCGGAUGGGUUCGAUCAGGAUUCGGAGAUUGCUCAGAGUUUAUCUGCUUUGGGGAAUACAUUGGGGGAUAUGAACAUUGAUACCGAGGAAGAAGAAGGGAAAGACAAUGGUGAUGAGGAUGAGGAUAUGGAGAUGGAUGAUGGAGAUGCAAAGGGCUCUGAGUUCAAGAACAAGAUUUUGGGGGUUUUGAAAUCGGGUGGUUUUGAGGAUAAAAGGGCCUCGAAACUAGCUCAAGCUGAUUUUAUGCACUUGCUUUCUUUGUUUAACAAGGCUGGAAUUCACUUUUCGUAGGAAUAUUUUUGGAUCUUAUUAUGUAUUUUGCCGUGUAUUCAAAUAUGUUUACAUUUUUGCUGUUGGUUAUGUCGAAUGAUUGAAUACAAAGGGAAGAUCAAAUUUUGAAAUUGUUGCA